UGUAAUCCUCCUCUGAGUGGCGUUUCCAGUGACUCCUCCCCUCCUGGUCGUCUCUCCUCCUGUUGUCUCCUCUGUCACUCUGACUACACCUCUCAUCCCCUCUGCUCAAGUGUCGCUGAAGCUGCUGAGAGACGCUGCAACCAUGGCUGCUACUGGAUCUUUCCGUAUGGUGUCAGAGGAGGAGCAGGCCAUGCGCUCCAAGCUGGAGCAUUUGACAGUGAAGGAUCAUGGGCCGGUGUUCGGGCCGUGCCACAAACUGCCCGGCCACACUGUGCAGAAGGCCAAGGACGAGCUGAAUGAGACGGAGGAGAGGCGGGCGUUGUCGCUGAAGGACCUGCGGGCCAUGAUGAAGGACAGGGCGGCCGAGGGAGACAACCUGGCCAAACUGAUGCUGGAGCGUUUCGGGGACGAACCCGACUCUCUGCUGCUGCGCUUCCUCAGAGCUCGCAAGUUUGACGUGGUCAGGGCCCACGAUCUGAUGAGAGGUUACGUGCGCUUCAGGAAGGAGUACCCCGAGCUGUUCGAGAACCUGACCCCCGAGGCGGUCCGCAGCACCAUCGAGGCCGGUUACCCUGUGGUGCUGCCCAGCAGAGACAAGUACGGCCGCGUGGUCCUGCUCUUCAACAUCGAGAACUGGGACCUGGAGGAGAUCACGUUCGAUGAGAUCUUGAGAGCUUACUGUGUGAUCCUGGAGAAGCUGCUGGAGAACGAAGAGACUCAGAUCAACGGCUUCGUCCUGAUUGAGAAUUUCAAGGGCUUCACCAUGCAGCACGCCUCGGGGAUCAAACCGACGGAGCUGAAGAAGAUGGUGGACAUGCUGCAGGACUCCUUCCCCGCCCGUUUCAAGGCGGUCCACGUCACCCACCAGCCCUGGUACUUCACCACCACAUACAACGUGGUCAAACCCUUCAUGAAGAGCAAACUGCUGGAGAGGGUCUUUGUUCACGGCGACGAGCUGGAUAACUACUUGAAAGAAUUCGAUGCCGAGAACCUGCCGGCAGAUUUCGAUGGAAAGGCGUCCGCCUCCAACAACCAGGCCAUCGCCACCAAGCUUUUUGGCUCUGAAGACACUGCUCUCUGAAAACACAUCUCAAACCCAAGGGAUAGAGUCCUUCACCCCAGAUGCUUCUUUUGUGAUCAGAUCAGAUGUGUGGUCUAAUUUGAAGCUAGGUUUUUAUUAUUAUCAUUAUUAUUAUUCUUCAGGUAAAUAAAAAGAAGUAUCUAGAGUUAGGAGCAGGGGACGGUUUGCAGAAGAGUAACACUGGCGAUAGAAACGGGAACAGAAAAGGAUGUUUAGAUGUUUUACGAAGAGAAUAACUGAUGGUUAUUGUUUGUGAUUUUAGAGUUUUGCUCCACCUCUGAAUUCAUUCGUUGUCCCUGUACAAGGCGGACGAUGAGAUUCGGUCAUGUGACGACGUAGCUCACAUCCAGACUUCAGUCUUUGCCUUAAAACUGAAUUUCAACAUUCAGACCAGCCUUGUGCCUACAGUCGUGUCGGAUGAAGGAGGAAAUUAUUGUGUGAAUUAUUGGAAAGGUGUGAAGAGGGAAAACUGAUGAUGGAUAAACCUGCAUGUGAUUGUUGUUUUAGGAGCAGGGGCCCCCCGACGCAGUGCCACGGCAACCUUGUCUCCACGGCCUUGUUCAGGUGCCUGAUGCACCGCAAAGAUUCCUUCUGACAAAGUGCAUUUGAUUGUCAAAUUUUCAAUAAAAUAGUUUUUUUUGUCUGCG